AAAUGUUUCCAGUAGAAGGAACCGGGAGAAGUCUCUUCGAAGUGGUGGAAGAAAACCUCUCUGUUCGAUAUAGCAGAGAGCAAAUAUUAAGUAAGCUCCAGUAUUUCCUGGAAUGGUACACAAAAGUGAAAGAUUCAAGGGCUUCGGUGGUAAAUUCUCAUGAUCAGAUCCUGUUUGAGAUAGCCCAUAAGGUUUGGGGUAUUGAAGAAAACCCUCAUGAAGCUGUAGUAGCAGGAAAUGAUGAGAGGCCAUUAACCCUAAAUGGGGUUGAGAUGCCUUUGGGGUCGGGUUUGAAAUUAGGGUUUAUGGGGUUGGGCAGUUAUCAUAUGGAAGUGAUGACAAAGGAGGACAUGGAAAAGUUUGAGGGUAUGAAGGUGAUGGAGAAGAAAGAGAAAUGGGGUUUGCUUGAGGAGAGAGAGUUCGAGAUCUUUCUGGAAGGGCUUGGUUUGUCUGAUGAGACCCUUGAGCUGAUAAAGAAAGCUGUCUGUGACAAGUAUAAUAGGGUUUGAUUUCUACAUAUGUCAAUAUUUUUUCCUAUUUCUAAU